AUGGAGGCGAACCCAAGACCAAGCAAGGGGGGCGUCGAGGUGGCGAGCCCAAGCCCGAGGACUGGAGACAUGGAGGCGACUCGUGAUAGCGAGCGAGAGGCAACAACACCAACCAGAUUGACAGCUCUGAGAUCACAGCGAAGCUCGACGUCUCAUACGCGCGUCUCUCCGUAUCCUGAGCGGGUACGAACUCGAGUUCGACGGUCGCCAAGCGCAGCGCACUCAGAAGAACGUCGGCAGCUAGCGCUGGUGGUCCAGCCAAUUAUCAAGGCUACAAUUGGCCAGCGAGAUGCAUCUGGCGUCACGCUAGAUAAGAGGACCGUGUGUGGAGCCAUGUUUAACGACAUUAUCACUUCUCUAUUCGAAAAGCUUCGUAGUCACAUCAAAGGACGGGCAGCUAAGACGAAUGGCGAGUGGUCACUGCAGACUACUUUCCAGGAAGAACGGCACAAACGCAUGCAAUUCAGAUUUAAAAGGCACAUGAUCGAAAGUACCAAGACAGAAGACGCUUGGGCACAGUGGGUGAAAAGUACACGUCGCCACACUGUACAGCUUCUUGUGUACGAAUUUGACCUUGAAAUAACAAAGGCUCAAGACCUCCAAAAUUUAAAGAGGCGUGCAUUCGACCUCCGGAAACCGAUCGAGCUGGUGCAGCUGCGGAGAGCACUUUGCACGAUGCGGUUGUCCAACUGCAGCAACACUGGGGGAGCCGAUUUCAAGGAUCGGCAAAAGUUUGGCGCAUAUCCACCUCCGGUGCACGUAGCGAAUUUACUGAACGCAGCGGACUUGCUUCUUGAGCAAUACAUCUUAAACCUCAAUCGAUCAUCUCGACUCGCACUGGACUGUGUUGCCGCAGCUAUUGCAGAUAAUGAGCAACACCGUCGUGAUGUUGACGCAUUUGAUACUCAGUAG